GCCAACUUGUUCUCUUCAACUAUGCCUCACGGGAGUCAUCGCAAUAAGUCUAGUCACUAUCGAUGGAGAAAUCAUGGAGAAAAUGAUCGACGUAUUGAUACGUCUGACGAAUAUUUACGACGACGCGAACAUGGAGGGAAGUUCAGUAGUGGUCGCAAGUCUAUAAUUUCUGGUAAUAAUGUGGAUAUGUUAAAACGUGCUAUGAAUAUGAAUGUAAGUUUGAAAAGUAUGUAUCGCCACAUAGGUUUCGACAAAAAAUAUUUCAAGGGGUUUUUGUUAACGAGGAACUGGUUUGUGCAGUCAAAUCUAGAUAGUACUUGUCCUUAUAUUUUUAUCAUCCCCUUAAAAAUAUUCUAAGAAUACGCAUCUGGAGUUUUAUGAUCUAAAUUAAUUUUUUGACUAACUUUACAUUAGGACAUUAGCUAAUUGCAAACGUGCUUUCUUUACUAUUUAAAUUACUAGAUAUUUAAAUUUGCGUGAUCCAAGUUUGAAAAUAAAAAUACAAAUUGGUGCAACUGAAAAUUAACCAAGUAUCAAAAGAGGUGUUUAUACAAACCUUUCGGACGAAAGAUUAUGUUUAUGUACACGAAUUUUUCUAGCUUCCACUGUAUAUAAAAACCAAGGUUUUCAAUCACAGGAUAGGCUGGAUAAAAUUAAAGACUUGAAAAGCUACUUUAACACCAAUUUUAGUAUCCAGUGUUGUGUUCUAGGAUAACUCGUCCUCUGUUUUUUACUCACUCAUGAAGGGUAAGUCAGUCAGUGAGCUGCAACGUAGGACCAGGCACGUAUAUGCAUCGGUCCAACAACAAGAUGAACACCGGAUUCAUAGAAGUAGUUAAUUCAGUGGUAGUAAUAUAUAGAAGAAAGAUUGCAUAUAAGGAGAUAGUACAGGAAGAAAGAAUUAGUUCCUAGAAAGAAAGAUAUGAAGCGAUUUUAAUCUCUUAGUUUAAAGGAAGACAGAGAGUGUAUACACCGACGCCAUUGUGAUCGAUUCUGAGCUAUGUCACCAAGAGUCUCCAACCAUUGGUUACGAUAAUCGCGCGGACCCCAACCAGGCAGUCUGCAUCUACCAACAUGGCUCAGACCAGAAGUCAGUGACUUCAAGCACUGAUGCCACGUUUUGGUUUGGCCGCCCCUAACUUUCUUCCAAUUAUCCCUAACACCAGUUAGCAUUGCGCGCCGUGGUAAUCGGUGUUCAGGCAUACGCAGCACGUGGCCCAACCAUCUCAUGAAGGGUAAUGUCUAAAAGUCCAACGGAUCAGUAUCUUAGUUGUAUAUCCAAUGUAGUUUACUUUAGAGCUACAAUCGGCCUUGUAAACACAUGUAGGGAAAGUGGAACUCCGCAGCUUAUUAAUUUGCUCAUCGAGAACAACAAUCCUAUAUUGUUCGUAAAAUUAAUUAUAGGGUUACACAAUGCCUGUUUUUAUGUUUAGCUUAUCGGUGGAUCAGCAGCUUCUGUUGUAACCGCCCAAAAUUGUGGUUUGGCUCCCGGCGAAGUUUGGGUGAGAAUUACUAUUGUCCAUGGCGCUAAUCAUCCGAUGAUGGAUCUUCAACAGUUGGUCACCACCGUUGUUGGGACACAGCUACGGUUCUAUAAUACUUGCGUUGAAGGAAGAAAUGCACUAAUGCAUGCGAAAAUCAGACAAAAGGAUGUUCAAAGUUACCGCAAAUCACUCCAAAAUUUACGCGACCCAAGUCAGGGUUCACAAUUAAUUACCGACAUAACAAUUGUUCCUGAGCCCAGAGUCCCUUCUUCGUCUGAUAAAAGAAAUGAAUCACCGAAUACCUCUCCUUUGCCAGAAACUUGGAUUGAAGCAUUAAAGCAGUGCUUUGUUCAGCGUUAUCAACCUACUACACGUAGUUUAGAUCUCUCUUCUCUGCACACGGAUCCAGUUCUUUUAAGUCAGGGACUAUAUUUACCUCUUAACAAACAAGCGGUGGUUCAUACUUUGAUUACUAUCCUGAAACAAAACCAAGCACAGCUUGCUGUUCUCAAUCUCUCAAACAACCGACUAACUCAUUUGAAUGCUUUUUCUCCGUUAUCUUCAACGAGUGCUGGAUUUAUUCCAGUGUCCAUUGAACGUAUAGAUCUCAGUUCAAAUCCUCUAAGUAGCAUACCUGUCCUUUCUGGUCUUCGAGAUAUCGUUGGUUUGAUUGAAUUAGACCUUACAGAAACUCCUUUGGUGUCAAAAUUCAAUCCAAACGACAAAUCUUUUGCAGCUAAAUUGCAUACAAUCUUACCAACGAUCAAGCGUUUAAAUGGACAAGAAUUACCGCACACUGUACAAUUUGCAAUUGAGCAAGGUUCGGAUUCGUCUAAACGGCCUCCAACGAAACCGCUUCCACAGUCUAUUCUGGGAUUUUUUCCUAAUGAUGAAGUUAAAAUAGCUUUGUUGAGUUUUUUAAAAUUAUACCUUAGUCGCUAUGAUUCUAAGCCUCGAGGUGAAAGUUUGCUGCCUUACUACACGACUGUUUCCCAACUGGUUUUUUCCGUGUCUCCUGAAAAUCGUUUUCCAAAUUCACAAAAUGUGUCAUUCACAGCACGCGUAGAGAUGCAAAAUGGUUCUGAUCAACCGACUACGGCAUAUCUUACCACUUCACGAUUAAAUCAAGCAUACUUUUUACGAAGUCGUAAUCUUCUUCGCUGCCGGGACCAAAGUAGACGACGCGACAUGGUUGUUCGUGGUAGUUUGGCUAUCGCCCAUUUUUUGGAUGAGCUACCAACCACGGAACAUCAAUUAGAGUCUUUAUCUGUUGACGUCGCCUUUCAUUCCGGAACUCAAAUGUUGUUUACAAUGGGUGGUGUUUUUUACGAGGUUUCUUCUAUGGGUUCAAGUUCCACCAACUCAAGCUCACACGAAAAAUCUGUUCGUAAAGUCCUUCGAUGUUUUACUAGAACUAUGAUAUUGAUCGCACCAGGUGGUCAUAUAGUGCAAGAUGAUUAUAUUGUGUCUAAUCCAACUACCUCAUUGUGUAAGAAAUACAUUACUGAAAUGGCCACAAGAUGCAAACAGGACAGUCAGGCCUCAAAUCAACAGCAAAAUGUUGUCAGCUCUGAUCUUUCUGCACCUGAAGUGAAACAAAAUAUGGUAAUUGAAUUUAGUCGGCGCACCGGUAUGAACAUUCCCUUUUCAAAACAGUGCCUAGAAGAGUAUGAAUGGAAUGCUAAUGCUGCACUAACUGCUUUCGAAACUAUGAAUUCAGCUGGUAAAAUUCCACCUGAAGCGUUUUCUGUAUAAUCUUUGAACUAAAAUUAUAAAAUUUCAACUUAUGCAAUCUAUGUAUGUUUGUGUGUAUCUAGAUGCACUCAUAUAUUCUGACGUGUUACGAUUCGUCAUUAGCCAGGUUACUGGUAGAGCAUAUCCUAUCAUGUUUUUUUAUUUGAGCUGAGUGACUAUCUGUCAGAAUGUUAGUCGUUGUUUGACUAAAAUAGUUUGUAUGUAUGUGUGUGUCUUGCUCGUUCUCCAGGCCCAAAAAAAUAUGUCGGAAAAAUAAUCCUUUACUUUAAAAUAGUUGAAAAAAAUAUCAUGAGGUUAAAAAAAAAUAUGCUGCUGUAAUACAGCGGUCUACCCGGCAGUGAUUAAGAAUUCUAAAAACUGGGUCACAUGGUGGACUAGAGCAAUGUUUGUUUUUUUGUUGUAGUCAAAUAUACAAUAACUUUUGACGUACUAGUUACUUGGUGAAAAUAAAAAUAUGAUGGUUAAAUGUUCCACCGUAAUCGAACUGUUGACUGAUUGCUACAUUGUUAGAAUAUUCAAGUGCAUCAGAUUACACUUGCGUGCAUGAUAUUUCAGAAAUUGAAUUUCAUAAUUUGUAUUCUUCAAAUGUUAGUUAAUUUCUACUUAUAUCAUCAUCAUUAUACACUAACUCUUAACUUAUUGGUUUUAACGCUCUAGCUUUUUUGUACAGUUUAUGUUUUAAAUGCUAAAGAAAACGAAAAAAUGUUACAUGACUGAUAUGGCCUUUCA